AUCCGCCGUGGGAGUUGAAUCUUUGAUCAUGGCUGCUGCCUGCUACGAACUCAAGAUACUAUCUACAGGAGACAUGGUGCUUCAGCUGUCUCUGUUGGCUGUUAGGAAACGAUACCGGCACCUUGGGAUUGGCAGCUACAUGAUGGAGCUUUUGAAGACUCAGUCUAUAGUAGGGAAAUAUGAUACACUUGUUGCCCACGCUGACACUGAUGCAAUAGGCUUCUUCAAAUUCCACGGGCUCACUGAUGACCCUCUGCUCAAUGACCAGUUCAAAGAGCUGAAAGAUGAUUGGACUAACAGUAUUCUCAUGAGCUACCUGCCACCCUUUACUACAGACUUAGAAAUGAGAAAUCCCGUUUUCUCCCUGAGUUUACGAGAGGUGGAGAUGAACAUGGAUGUGGCAAGGUCGCAGGCUCUCUUUGCAUAUCAGCAACAGGUAAUGUGUGUGACGAGACUACUCGAAGAGGUCAAGAUCUUACGCAAACAGCUAGAUCUAAAACGUGAGGAAGUGGACCGCCUCAACUCCAAGCUAGAACAAGAAAAACGAAAGCGACAUGAUAUAGAAAACAAGUUCUUGAUGUACAGGCUGAAGAACACAAAAGAACUGUUAGACAAUAUUGCCUCAGACUCAGAUGAUCAGGGACUAAUUGAACGGGAGCAUGCAAAACCAGGAACACAAGAGCAAGAAACAGCACAGUCUGAAGAACCUCCCUUUCAAACAACAGAGGGUGCUGGAGUUUAAUGUUUUGUAGCUUUUACUGCAGACUUUGUUUGAUGUCUAUUCUCACAUUUAUGCAUUUGUUUGUAUGUUUAUUUGUACCCCUGUCUUGUAGUUUUUGAAUGUCAUGUUUUUGGGAGGCACUCUCUUGGUUGCGAGUAGUAAAAUGCCUCUGGACCAUCUACAUAAAAGCUUUGGGAAAUAAAACAAACCAGUUUUGAAUU